AUGAGAUUCAGGAUCACAUCUCUGUGCCUGAAGUCCACUGAAGUGUGGAGAUCGGUGCCAGAAGACUAUCUGGCCAAGAUCUUUGCAAUCUACCGAGGCGGCCCCUCUACCAGACUGGCAUUGGUUGAAGCGGGCUGCACAGCCGCGGAAGGAAUAAGAGCAUCCAUCAGUCCACUCCGAUUUCAUCUCCCAUUUUCUCAGUUCACGCGGAAUCAGCCCUGGUCAGAAGAAGACAUGACCUCUAGUUGGCAUAGAGCAGCAGCCUACUACCACGAUCGAAGCAUUGACUGGAUCAAAAUAGGCCUCAACUCCCCUACUACGCCAAAGUCCAAGCCAAAGGAUGAGUGGGAAAAUCUCACAGCCGUUCUGAGCCACCGGAUUCCAGAGCUCGAUAACGACACCGAAGUCUCGACCUGCCCUCGAACUUCCGCGCCUUUGCCGAUAUCUGGGGAAAACGCACACUUAAAGAAGGCUGGGUUUUAUUUUGGACCUGAGAGACACGUGGCGGAACCACCAAAACCGUGCGAGGACACUUUAUUGGAUGCGUUUGACGCUCUAAACAGUGCGUCCAUUAACCAGGAACAAGAUCUACCACCUCUUGAUCAGAGUUUACGGGAUGCAAUGCAGCGGUUGAGAGGUACCAACAUUGAUGAGGUUGGCAUACUUGAAAAGCAUCAAUGGAUGACCACUAGGAGAAUGCAGUGUCUCAAAGGUCUUGACCGGGAAUCAGAGUCUAAGGCACAGAUUCUUGAGCUGAAGAAUAUUGCGAGUCGAAGAGAGGAUCUAUGGACGAGUCAAGAUCGACAGAAAGAGAAAUACCAGAAUCUCACGGCUAUGAUGGAACGCCGAAUGGGCGGAUUGUCCUCCUCGACGAGGGUAGGAGAUAUUGAUACAAGAUUGACUAGCACAACAAUGGUGGGAGCUUCAACCGGAAGCCCAAGUCGCCACCGCGCCGAAGAGGAAGAUUUGGAGAAUCUCUACCUUAUUAACAAACCUUGGAUGAGGAAGGUUGAUGAGCUUCUUAAUGCCUUAGGAGGGAUUCGCGUAGAAGAAUACUACGACUUCGAGAUACCACCAAGCCGCAUAGGUGGGCUGUUCUUGUAUCGAUCACGAGUGUUUAUGGCCAACGGAUUCCUCGAGAUGCUGGGCGUGGCCAAAUAG